AUGACGACUGAAACAGCGCAGCAACAGCUUGAUCCACCGCCUCCUCUCAGAUCCAGUCCGGCGUCUGGGGCCAUGCACUCGGUGCUGCAGAACGCACAGACGGUGCUGGAGAGCGCUGCGGCUGCAGUCACCACCAAAGGCAAAAAAGCGAACUCGGGUAUGAGACGCCCAGAAAAACCGCCUUAUUCUUAUAUAGCUCUGAUAGUGAUGGCGAUUCAAAGUUCUCCUACGAAAAGGCUGACGCUUAGUGAGAUCUAUCAGUUUCUGCAGGCCCGCUUCCCGUUUUUCAGGGGGUCUUAUCAAGGUUGGAAGAAUUCUGUCAGACACAACCUAUCACUGAACGAAUGUUUCAUUAAACUUCCUAAGGGCCUUGGGCGGCCGGGUAAAGGUCAUUACUGGACCAUAGACCCUGGCAGCGAAUUCAUGUUCGAGGAGGGUUCCUUUCGCCGUAGACCGCGGGGUUUCCGCAGGAAAUGCCAAGCUCUAAAACCAAUGUACCGCAUGAUGAAUGGCAUUGGCUUCGGUGCGUCUAUGCUACCCCAGAACUUCGAUUUCCAAACGCCUUCUGCGUCCCUCGCGUGUCAUGCCAAUGGCUACAACCUGGACAUGAUGAACGCAGCUUCUGGUGUGCCGGGGGGUUACGACGGGCUAAGUGCAAGUCAUCAUGUCCCACACAUGUCACCAAGCCCAGGUUCUACAUACAUGACGGCUUGUCAGGUGACGUCCAACGGCGAGUACGGCCCGGAUAGCAGCAGUAGUCCUCUCCACUCGCCCCCUGCCAUGGCUGGCUCUCUGGAGUGUCACUCGCCUUAUGCAGCCGCCUCCGCGCACUGGGCUUCGUCCAGUGUAUCCCCCUACAUAAAGCAACAACCCCUGGCCUCUAACAGCCCGACAUCAUCCGGAUUGCACUCCAGCAUGUCCUCGUAUUCUCUGGAGCAGAGCUAUCUACACCACAACAGCAGGGAUUCAGCCGAUAUUUCAGUGGGAAUUCCUCGCUAUCAGACACACUCAUCACCGGUGUGCGACAGGAAAGAUUUUGUCUUGAACUUUAACGGCAUCGCUUCGUUUCAUCCGAGCGCCAGCGGAUCCUACUAUCACCAUCAGCUGCAUCAGCACCACCAAGGCGUGUGCCAGGACGUCAAACCCUGCGUGAUGUAA